ACGCCUUAUCGGACGUGGCCCAAUGGAUAUGAGCUGCUAACAUGGGUGUGGUAGUGGGCGGAGGAUAGAAAGGUGGAGUAAGACGCCUUACGUCCCCGAUGACUGACGCGCGCUGCCCGAUUGCCCUGCCUGAACUAGCUGCGCUUAUGAGUGAAGCCUGUGAACAGAGUUUGAAGUCAACGCAGAAGAUGAGUGCACCUGAAGAACUGAAGAUUGUUGUUCUUGGCAAAACGGGGUCUGGAAAGAGCAGCGUUGGAAACACCCUUCUGCACAACAACUGCUUUACCUCUAAAUGCUCCCCAGUGGCUGUAACUGGAGAGGUUAACAGAGCCAACGGCAUAGUCUGUGGGAGAAAAGUCACAAUUAUUGAUACCCCUGGGAUCUUUGACCCAAACAGAUCUAAGAAAGAUCUUCGUUAUGAAAUAGUGUCAUGUCUAACCGAGUGUGCACCUGGACCUCAUGCCUUUCUGCUGGUGUUUCCAGUGGGUAGAUUCACACCAGAGUACAUGAAGACUGCAAAGACAAUUCAGGACUGGUUUAGUAAAGAUUUGCUGAAGCACACAGUUGUCCUUUUUACUCAUGGUGACAAUCUUGAUGAUCAGAUGACCAUUCAGCAGUUUUUAGAUUUGGACAACAGUUGCCAGGGUGACAAAAAGAACAAGACCAAUGUCUUUAAGAGAUUUCUGGAAAGUUGUGGAAGAGUUCAUGUCAUUGACAAUAAAUAUUGGAAGUCAGAUGAAGGGUACAAAAACAAUAGUUUCCACAUUUCACAGCUCAUGACAACCAUCGAUGUGAUGGUUAGAAAGAAUGAAGGUAAACAUUACAACAAUGAAACUCUGGAGACUAUAGCUAAAGCCAUAGACACAGAGGUGAAGAACAUUAAGAAAGAGUUGGAAGAGGCAGGGGAGACACAAGACAUUGAGAUCACUGAGAUCAAGCAACGAGCCAGGAAUAGGGUGAAGAAGGAAGCUUUGAGAAAGCUGGCAGGUAUAAGCACCGGGGCAUUACUAGGGAUGCUGCUUGGUGUGGCGGUUGGAGCAACAGCCCCUUUGAUCCUACUAGCUGGACUCUGUGCAGCAGGGGGAACCAAGAUAGCCAUGGAAGUCAAAUCCUCAAAGUCAGCAGCAUGUGGAGCAGCAGUAUAUACAACAAUAGUUGAGGCAACAGCUGGGGCAAUAGCGACUAGUUGGGCUGCAGAAGGGGCAGCAGCAGCUGGGGCAGCAGCAGCUGGGGCAGCAGCAGCUGGGGCAACAGCAGCUGGGGCAACAGCAGCUGGGGCAACAGCAGCUGGGGCAACAGCAGCUGGGGCAGCGGUAGCUUCUGCAGAAGGGGCAGUAGCAGCAGAAGCAGCAGCAGCCGCAGGGGUAGUUGCUGGUGGAAUUGGAGCCGGGGCUGCUGCAGGUAUUGGACUUGGAGUAGCAGGUGGUGUUUGCGGCGUUGCUGGGGCAGUUAAAGGUGGUAUGAAGGGAGCAGAAGCUGCAAAGAGGUCCGAUAAUGCCAAAGAAGCGGCAAAGAAUGCAGCUCAGUCCGUCGGAGAUGAAGCCAAAAAGAUCAUUCAAGGAGCCUGGGAAGCCCCUCAGAAGCUUGUCAAACCAAAAGAAUCAUAAUACCAACAAUUCUAGUAAAAAUAAGUAAGUGGGAAGAGACAUAAGAUGUACAGAACACCUAACCAUCUUUAGAGUGAAAGCAGUAGACUAACCAUACAAUGAUGUUUGUGCAUUCAGCAAAAUGAACAACUACCUGUACAUAAGCACGGAUAUGUGCUUACAGAGAUUUGAAACAGUCAUAUAAGCCUGGUGGUCUGGAUUUGAAAAUUGUUAUAGCAAAUGUCUGAGAUUAAAUAAAUUGUGUGCGGAUUUAAAUAUCAGAAGAGUUAACAGAAAUCAAUGGAUCUUUAUUAUUUUAUAAUUUUUACUGCUUUGUUUUGUUAAUGCCAUUCUUAAGAUUGUUAAAAAAUAUUGUAAGCACAUGAGGUGUAACUGAACGUUGUUCUUAUGUUGCUCGUUGACUUGCUUGUUUUCUUUUACCCAAUGACAUCCUUUGAAUUUAUAACAUUUUGAAUUAUUAAUAAUGUCAUUUCUAAUUUUAACCUGA